AGAAAAGGGGAGCAAGGAAGGCAACACGAGCCUGAGGAUUGUGAUAAACGCCGCGACAGACCACCAGAACCUUCGGGAACUGCCGUUUCGCAGAUAAAGACUGGACGCCACGAUUGAUAGCGUUGUACUUUCAGCCUCCCAAGCUCAAAGUCCAGACCCAAGGCUAUCGCCAAGCUUCCACUACCUCUGCUGCGAUGCACAACUCGGUUAAGCGCACUGGCCCCAGUGCGGUUGCGCUAAACGGAGACAUCUACUGUCACAUUAUAGAGCAGCUCGCCGCAUCGCCAUUCAAUUCUCUUCUGUCUGUUAGUCUUGUCAGCCGUGACUUUUAUAGGUUCACUACCGUUAUCCGGUUUCGGGUCAUUCAAAUAUCGCCGGAGUUUGAACUCCACCUCCUCAAGCGAUUAGAAGACAACCCAUCACUCCUCUCAUACGUCCGAAAAGUAAUCAUUGAUCCUUCCUACGUGAUUGGGGAGGACGCUGAGGAGGUGGAGAGGCGAAUUCUAGAAAAGACCCUGGAUCUGCUUCCCCGCAUGAUAUAUCUGACGGACCUUCGCUGUCAUAUUGUACCUGGCAUGGUGCGCAAACGCACACUUGGGGAAGGACAAAUCCUCUCCUCCCUUCGGAGACUUUCUGUCAACAGUAUUCACACCGAUGAAUCGUGGCGCCAUGGUAUCCCAUGGAAUAGCCUCAUAGAAUUACAGUUCACAUACUUUUCUGACAUCCUCCUUGACGUGGUUGAUCAAAUGCACUCCCUUCGUUCCAUCAAGCUGAUGGGUCGAGCUCCCCCUUUGAGUAAAGACCAUUUGGGAGUCAAACGCCGCAUUGCUGAAUUCCUUCGCGAGGUUCCUUCUGCCCUGGAGGAGCUCGACCUUGAGGAACUUACUGGAGAUAUCCCUGUCUCUAUCUUUGCCCGGUUUGGCCGCUCGCUCAAAAGGCUCAGGCUCUACAACCGCGGAAAUGUGUGGUCGCGAUCAGUUCUUUCCCCAGAGCAGCUCGAUGAAAUUUGUGCGGGCUGUCCACACCUGGAAGAGCUCCUAAUUGACAUCAAUCGCGAUGGAGAUUGGCCACACGAGAUCUUAGACAAGGUAGCUCAAUUUCCUCGAAUAAAAACGGUUACUCUAUGCCUCGAGGUUGGGCCCAGUGCAUACAAAUGUGUCAAGCCUUACCUUAGCCAUUACACCAGCAUCGAGCUCUACAAAUACAUAGCCUCGCAACGGACAUUCGGUCCUCUGGCUGAACUCCUCGUCACGGUGGAUCCCCAUGGCUACCGCGCUUGUCCAGGUUUCAAGUCAGGACAAUACAUGAGGACGUACAAAGUCGUGCCAUGUCGGCGACUCAAGGAUGCUCAUGCAAGGGGUCUACUUGAUGUGCGCUCGUCAGGGAUUAAGGGCUAUCAGGAUGAUGAAGGCACCGAGGCCUUCUAUGGACCUGUAGGUGGGAAUACGGAAGAUGACAACGUGAUUGCGGCACUUCAUGAAGAACAUUGCAAAUGGCUUAGCAGAAUACAGCUUUCGAAUCGCGUCAUCUAGUGGUGAGGCUCCAAUAUGAUAUGAAGUUCGAAAUCUUGGCUUUAACAUAUGCUGUGACAACUCAUGUUGUUGAGCUUGCGGCAUUAAACGUCUAUUCUUGGUAUUCUUGUGCUUCACCUGCUUAUAAGCAGAAUUGUUUGGUUUUAGAUCUUUCCUCAGUUUGCGUACAACAGAACUGAGGAGAGAAAGCCGCUCCCCCUUCUCUUGUCGAAGUGUUCUUUGUUGGAACCUGUAGCCUGGCGUAACAUGCUAGGUAAAUAUAAUUAUAGUGCAUAAUGGUGUCCAACUUGUCCAACUUCCAGGAGCCAGG